AUGCCAGGUGUCGAUAUGGCGCCCCUUGUGGCCGACGACAUGAGAGUCCUAGGACAGGACCCUCUCAUCCCGCCGGCAUUGCUCAUCUCUGAGAUCCCCAUGACUGAUGCUUCGUUGCAGACGGUCGUUAAGGGUCGAAGAGAUGCAGUUUCUAUCAUCAUGGGCCGCAAUGACCGCCUCUUGGUUGUUGUUGGACCCUGUUCUAUUCACGAUCCGGCCAUGGCGCACGACUAUGCUCAGCGUCUUAAGAAGCUGUCCGAGAAGCUGUCAGACGAUUUAUGCAUCAUCAUGCGUGCUUACCUCGAGAAGCCGCGGACUACCGUAGGCUGGAAGGGUCUCAUUAAUGACCCCGACAUUGACAAUAGCUUCAAGAUCAACAAGGGUCUUCGUAUAUCACGACAGAUGUUCAGCGACCUAACUAACGCAGGCCUACCGAUUGCCAGCGAGAUGCUGGAUACCAUCUCGCCCCAGUUCUUGGCCGACUUCAUCUCUGUUGGUGCCAUUGGUGCUCGUACCACUGAGUCACAGCUACACCGUGAACUAGCAUCUGGUCUCUCAUUCCCCAUUGGUUUCAAAAAUGGCACUGACGGCAACUUAAAUGUUGCUAUCGAUGCUAUUGGAGCGGCGGCUUCUAAGCAUCAUUUCAUGGGUGUCACUAAGCAGGGUCUAGCAGCUAUCACACGAACCAAGGGGAAUGAGCAUGGCUUCGUCAUUCUUCGGGGUGGUAGCAAGGGUACCAACUACGACAAGGAGAGCAUCCAAAAUGCUAAAGAAACGUUGAUCAAGAAGGGACAGAAAUUGGCUAUUAUGGUCGACUGCUCGCACGGAAACUCGAAUAAAGAUCACCGAAACCAGCCUAAGGUUGCUAAGGUCAUCGGCGACCAAUUGAGAGAAGGUGAAAAGGCCAUUAUUGGUGUCAUGAUCGAGUCCAAUAUCAACGAGGGUAACCAGAAAGUCCCGGCGGAUGGACCGUCAGGGCUGAAGAAGGGUGUAAGCAUCACCGACGCCUGCAUCGAUUGGAAUAGUACAGUCGAAGUCCUCGAAGACCUCGCAGCUGCGGUCCGGGCUCGGAGAGAGAAGAACGGCGUGCCGAAUGCCAACGGUAGCGAACAAGAGCCCAAGACCACUCUUAUUGAAGAGGAAUAA